GGCGCGAAAAUCCUUCAGUUGUGCUGCUUGGCUGAAGCGGAACACUGGGUGCAGAAGGCUGUACGACAUUUUAGCAGUUUUUCAGUCGGAAUAACUAAGCACACACAAUGGCAACCGACAUGGUAGAUGACCGGGAGAUGAGGGAGGCUCAGAGGGACUACCUGGACUUUCUGGACGACGACCAAGACCAGGGCGUCUAUCAGAGCAAAGUCCGGGACAUGAUCAGCGAGAACAAGGCUCGGCUCAUCGUCAACAUCAACGACCUGAGGCGACGCAACGAGGCCCGAGCAGCAAAAUUAAUGAACAAUGCCUUUGAAGAACUGCUGGCCUUCCAGCGGGCUCUGAAGGACCUGGUGGCCACCGUCGACGCCACCUACGCCAAGCAGUAUGAGGAGUUCUUCAUCGGCCUGGAGGGGAGCUUCGGCUCCAAGCACGUCUCCCCCCGAACGCUCACCUCCCGACUGCUGGGCAGCAUGGUCUGCGUGGAGGGCAUCAUCACCAAGUGCUCUCUGGUCCGUCCCAAAGUCGUGCGCAGCGUUCACUACUGUCCAGCCACUAAGAAGACGAUGGAGAGGAAGUACACAGACCUGACCUCGCUGGAUGCCUUCCCUUCCAGUGCCAUUUACCCCACCAAGGAUGAGGAGAACAAUCCUCUGGAGACAGAGUUUGGUCUGUCUAUCUACAAGGACCACCAGACCAUCACAGUGCAGGAGAUGCCAGAGAAAGCCCCUGCUGGUCAGCUUCCUCGCUCCGUGGACAUCAUUCUGGACAACGACCUGGUGGAUACGGUCAAACCAGGAGACCGGGUGCAGGUUGUCGGGACAUACCGCUGCCUGCCUGGCAAAAAGGGAGGAUUCACCUCGGGCACGUUUAGGACUAUCAUGAUCGCCUGCCACAUCAAACAAAUGAGCAAGGAGGUGUCCCCGUGCUUUACUGCAGACGACGUGGCCAAAAUCAGGAACUUCAGUCAGACUCGUUCCAAAGAUGUUUUUGAUCAGCUGGCUCGCUCCCUGGCUCCCAGUAUCCACGGCCACGAGUACAUCAAGAAGGCCAUCCUCUGCAUGUUGCUGGGAGGCGUGGAAAAGGUCCUAGAGAACGGCUCGCGAAUCAGAGGAGACAUCAACAUCCUGCUCAUCGGUGACCCAUCAGUGGCCAAAUCCCAGCUGCUGCGUUACGUUCUCCACACAGCACCCAGAGCGAUACCCACCACUGGACGAGGUUCAUCUGGUGUGGGUCUGACUGCUGCCGUCACCACUGAUCAGGAGACGGGUGAGCGUCGUCUAGAGGCCGGUGCCAUGGUGCUGGCUGACCGCGGCGUGGUGUGCAUCGACGAGUUUGACAAGAUGUCUGACAUGGACCGCACGGCUAUCCACGAGGUGAUGGAGCAGGGCCGCGUCACCAUCGCCAAGGCCGGCAUUCACGCCCGUCUCAACGCCCGCUGCUCCGUACUCGCGGCUGCCAACCCCGUCUACGGCAGAUAUGAUCAGUAUAAAACCCCCAUGGACAACAUCGGCCUCCAGGAUUCGUUGCUGUCGCGUUUCGACCUCCUCUUCAUCAUGCUGGAUCAGAUGGACCCCGAGCAGGAUCGCGAGAUCUCGGAUCACGUGCUGAGGAUGCACCGCUACAGAGACCCCCGCGAACAGGAGGGAGCCGCCAUGGCUCUGGGUGGGACUGUAGACGUCCUGGCGACAGAGGACCCAGACGCAGUAGCCGAGGAGCACGAGGAGCUGCAGAUCUACGAGAAGCACAACAACCUGCUGCAUGGAAGCAAGAGAAAGAGGGAUAAGAUUGUGAGCAAGGAGUUCAUGAGGAAGUACAUACAUAUCGCCAAGGCUGUGACACCUGUGCUGACAGAGGAGGCGGCCAAUCAUAUCGCAGAGGAGUACUCGAGGCUGAGGAGUCAGGAGCAGCUGGGGGCUGAUUUCGCCAGGACCUCUCCGGUGACGGCCCGUACGCUGGAGACUCUGAUCCGUCUGUCCACGGCACACGCCAAGGCUCGCAUGAGCAAAGCCGUGGAGCUGCAGGACUCCGAGGUUGCGGUGGAGCUCGUCCAGUUUGCCUACUUUAAAAAGGUUUUGGAGAAAGAAAAGAAACGCUCGAGACGGGAGCGUGACUCGGAUUCAGAGGAGGACGAGGAUGAGAUGCCCACACAGCGUUCACAGCGAACUGUGAGGAAGAGGGGGCGACGUGGCUCUCAAGGCAGUGAACCCUACAGCCCUUAUGACUUCACUGAAGACCAGGAAGUCCCAGAGAUUCAGGCUGGCACCCCGAAACCAGCCAAGCCAAGAGAGGAGGAGCCCAUGGACGCCUCGUUACAGGCUGAAGACGCUGAGCUCUCUGCAGACAGGCUGAAGGAGUUCAAGUCGUCCCUGUUCGCCGUGUUCCAGUCAGCUCACACUCAGUCCGUGAAGAUGAGCAAGCUGAUGGACGACAUCAACACGGAGCGUCAGAACAAGUUCACAGAGGCCGAGGUCCGUGCCGCGUUGGCUCGCAUGCAGGAUGACAACCAGGUCAUGGUGGCUGAUGACAUCAUCUUCCUCAUUUGAGGCAAGAGUGGAAUUACGUGGACUUUGAAGAAGCAGUGGAUCAUAAGAUAUAAUUCCCCCCACCACCACCACCACCACUCAUUGGACACCUUAUUCUGAAGUUUCACUAUUAUUUGCACCUGUUUUCAGUGGUUUCAACAGCUCAUGUUUGCAAGAAGCUCAAGUCUUACUCAUUCAAGCACUUGUUUCAGAUUAAUAUUGGUAAUGUUGCCUCAUAGUGUCCUUAAUGUGCAGUUUAAGAACAAGCAGUAAAAUGUACAAUGUAGAAGUUACUGCCCCUGACACUGUUACCUGCUUUUUUUCUUGUAUAUAGUUGACACACUUUGAAAUUGUUUAAUAAUUGUAGGUGAAUAUAAAAAAAUAAAAUGGCAUGAACGGGCGUGAAACAAAAACGAGUCGUCUUGAACUGACAUUCAGAUGUGAAUCUGAACUCACAUGUGGGGGAAAUGAGUUUGAUGCUGGUAACUCUGGAUUGAUUUAAUUUUUUUUGAGCCCUUAAUUUAAAGUCAUUCUCAGGAACUUGGGUUUCCCAGAAAGAGCUGCUCUCCUGCUGCAUGUGUGUGUUUACAAGAAACAUUUUAAAGUCUCCGACGAAUCCAGACCUCAGUCUGUGUGGGUGGCUGCUCCCACAGAUGUCUUACACCUCAGCAAAGAAAAUCACUGUUUAACCUCUCUGUUCUCACCUUGUUUUUUUUUUUGUUUUUUUAAAUGUAUUUUUAAGAGGCUGGUUAUGUGCUCAUGUUAGUUUCACAAGUUUGCCGGGGGGUCAGAUGUGGCAUCGCCUCACAAUCACCGCACUGACAGUAAACCAGAUGAACUGUGGCUGCGAUCAUGCUGAAGAUAAGACCGAGAGUCUCUCAGGCUGUGCACCAAAGCAGCUCAGGAGGCGAGCGUGUUGUUGCUUCUGCUGCCAUCGUUCAGGACAUGAGGUCUUGAGGUCUCAACGCCCACGCCUGAUUCAAACCGUUCAGUGUCAGAGGCUACAGCCUGCGCCUCACAUUAUCUCUGUAUGUAGUUAUUGUUCUUUUAUGGCUGGAGUUUUAGGCAAGAAUUAUAUUAAAA